UUCAUAACGUGUUGCCACAAUGCGCUUGAUUAACUUCGAUUUAGUAGCUCCCUUUGGGAAAAACAAGGGAAACAGGCAGCAAAUUCUGAGCUUCUUCAUGAGCCACAUUCACCACAUUUCUCACCACUGACUGGAUGCACAUAGAGAUGAAGGCGGCAGUCCAAUGAGGGCGUGGCACGGGGGGCCGGAAUCGAUGCCGCUUUCAAUUGGAAUUCAAUUCGAGCUGGUCCGCGAGAGCAAAUUAAAUGAGGUAGCCACGGAUCUGCGCAUCCUGUCCAGCUCCCAUGGCCAUCCAAAUCUGGUAUCGCCAUGCGAAACCCAUGUGGUUUUGGCCCUCGCCGCAGAGGAACUGGAAUUAGAAUGGAAAAUAAUUGCAGCUGGCGCCGUUUCAAUUAGUUCAUUUCGUCGCCAUUAGUUGCCAUCGAAUCGCAAAUAACUCAACUCACAUGAAUUCUCGGCUCGGAAUUGAUAAUUGAUUUGGCCAUUAUGAUGUGCCGCCGUGCCAGAAUGCCACAUCAUCAUCGAACGCCAGCCAGAGUCCACCCAUCAGUCAUCAGUCACUCAUCACCCACUCAUCAGUCACUCAUCACCCACUCAUCACCCACACUCUCGCAGCUCAUCAGCUGUCCAUUGCGGGGAAUUAAAGCCAAUCGCCGAUGAAUGGGGCUGUGCCACGUGACUAGGAAUCACAAAAAUGGGUAACUGCACUUAGAAAUAGCUUUAUUUACUGAUUUAUGAUCGAUCAAGCAAAGGAUGUACUAAGAAUACUUAUCUUUUACUUACGAAAAACAUAUUAUAGUUACGCCGCAGCACGAAGAUCGUUGUGGCUUUAUCGUUUUGGAUGAAUUUGCAACUCAAAAUUGUUAGUGCAAACUUGCAACAUCAAAGGGAGCAGUAGAAAUGUUGUAGAAACUAGUUGCCUCACUUUUCGCCCCAAACAGGUCCUGCGGCGAAUUCGGCAGAGCUUUGAAACGGAUAUAUACACCCACCCCCCCACAUUUUGGAUUUAAGUUGAGGCAGAUCCCGGCGAUGUCAGAAGUUGGCAGCAUUUACUUCAUUGUGCUUAACACUUUCCGCUUUGCCAGGCGCCGCUUGACAGCCUCCUCCUUUGGCCACGCCUCCUUUGGCCCCCAAUCCCCUAGGUCCUCCCAUCCCCCACCAACCCAACUCCAGCCCGCACUCUGCCCCUCCAACGCUCGCCGAGCUUAGGACUUCCUGCGGGUGUUGCAAAGUUGUGCGGCAUGGCUGAUGUAUGCUCAUAUAACUUUGCCACUAACGAUGAGCUCAUGAGCUGCAUAGUAAUGAGCCAACGUCGGCGAGGGCCCAGUACCAGGCCCACUAUUCCGUUGCUUGUAAUCCUCGAGGAUGGAGGUGCGCGGUGAGGGCUUGAGCCAGGCACAGCCCACAACCCAGCCCCCAUCCAAAGUGCAUCCAUUUCGCAUUUAUCGACUCAAUAUGCCCAACCCUCGGCCGGCCAUCAGUCGCCGUGUUAUGGCCAUGAAUGCCGCACGAUUAAUCUGCCAACCGAUUUCCCGUUGACGCAACAACAAUGCCCAGCUAAUGCGGGCCAAUUAUUCAUAUUUCCAAAUCAAGAACUUUCCUUUCGAUUGCCUUCACCUGCGGGAUCUGCCUCGUUGGUGAGCUGGUGAAGAAGUGGGGGAUUUGGGGGCAAACUUAUGAGGGGCAAACUUAUGAGGGGCAAACUUAUGAACUUGUCCUGCCUGCCGACUGAUUCGCUUUGAUUAACAUUUGCAUACGCAUGUCUGGCCAUUCCUGUUUGCUACUGCGACAUGCAUACCAAGUAUCCUUCUCGUCCUGCGGCGAAUUUGGAAUUUAUUUUGAUUUAAUCUAUACACUUCUUUCGUACAGAAACUACUGAUGCAUUUAACUAGGAGAACCACCUGCCACCUUUUAAUUAUAACGCAGCUAGUUUUCAAGUGUUUAAUUGCAGUUUGCGAGUGCUAAAUACUUGAUUUAUUUUUUCUGCGUAUAUAUGCACAUCUGCAGCCGAUCUGCAGCUACUUGGGGCUACUAUUUAGCUGCUCAGCUUCAAGUGGGCCAAGUGGAUGGCUAUGAAGGCUGUGGAGGUUAUGGAGGUUAUGGGUGCAUGGGGUUUCGCCUCCGGGCAUCGUCUUUUCAAUUAGCCCAAUGCAAAGCAUUCUGCUAGUGGGGAGCAAUGGAAAAACCCCCCCCAAAAAACCGCCGCCCUUGAAGGCCUCCACUAAAACUCAGACCAUUGCGUUACAAGUGCAAAUUAGUCGAGAGUGCCAACAAAUUUAACGAGCAAAUUUACACUCAGCGAGCAGCGGCAGCAACAGAAGGGCAUUUUCUGGAGGCGAUUUUCACCCGGAGGUGGGUUUUCGGCUGUUUCCGGGCAUUUCGGUGGGCAUUUCCGGGGGGGGAGGGGGAGGGGCAUCCGGGGGCUUCUGCGGGUUCCGGAGGCCAUGAACCGAGUGCAUGUCCCUGGCCCGAUCUCACAGCAAAUGCCCCGUACUUUCUGUUCCAUUCAAAGGCAGUUGCAAAUUCGCCUGCCAUUUUUUCGGGCCGGGGAUUCCCCCAGCUGCCUGUGUUUUAAUUUAAGCAACACGGGGUUGGCACAAAAAGGAGGAAAAGCAAGGAGGAGCAGAAGGAGGAGGAGCUGGUGGCGGAGGAGCAGGAGGAGGAGGAGGAAAAGUGAAAAGCCUUGUGGCAGGGCGAACCUUUUCCCCGAUUCUCGACCCGCUUUUCCGUUUGUCUUAUUACGCCUGGGCGUUGGCCACUUUUUUCUUUUUUGGCUCGGCGCCGUAAGUAUUUCCUUUGAUUCCGUAGGCCGUGUGUGUUUGUCGUUGGAAAUUGACUCAAAAAUACAGCAGGACAGCAGGAUACAGCGGAGGAGAGCUGGAUUCUGGAUGCUGGAUACUGGAACCUUUGGUACUUUGGACUCGGUAUCUGAGCCAAUCUGACAGAGUGCAGAGCCCAGAGCCAGCUGUGAACCCAUGUCAACUUUAAUUGAAUUUGAUAGAACGGAUAUUUAGCCAAGGUCCUGCACCAUUUACACCAUUAGGCGGACGAAGGACCUCCUGCUGGCCAAGGACCUUCGUCGCAGUCCACGACUCAUAUUAGUAAUUAAAUUUGGUAGUGGGCGUACGUUUGUUUUUCCGUCACAUCAGCCUGUCUGCAUUUUUCCCACAGGCACAUUAUUUUCACAUUUGUGAAAGUUCAAGCAAAUUUUUACGCCAGCCAAGAAAGGCAUGGAAUAUUUUGUGGUUCAAAUCUUGUGAGUUAUCUUAAAGCGGCAUUCAUUUCUUUCUGCCUGCGUGGCUUUUUGGGGGCCUUAAUAAUUUAGUGACUGGAGCAAUCGCUCAAAUUCUGCAGCCAUGACUGGUCGUUUAUGGAUUUCCCAGCUGAAGAUGACAGCCCACGACGAUGAUGAUGAUUAAAAUAUUACUUUCGCCGGCUGCUCGGUUACUUGGUUACUCUGUUGCUCUGAGCAGCUUAUACUUUGGAUCUAUGGAUCUAUGGAUCUAUGUAGAGCUAUGUAGCUAAGUAUUUCGAUUUAUGUCAUUGGGAGCAUUAGGAGCAUUGCUGUUGUAAUUAACGUGGCUCGCUUGUUGGCCCAGACCGGUUUGCCAAAAGAAAUAUCCACCAUGUCUCGUUUCUUCUGUAUGAAUGUCACAUUAACUGGCAUGGCACACACAAGUGUGUGUAUGCUGUGUGUACUGUAUGUAUGUUGCAUUAUUUCAAUUAUGUUGUUGCUGCCAAUUGCUCCAUUUGCCCCACAAAAGGUCCACAAAGUCGGCCUUGGGCAUUAUUGUGUUCGAAUUGGGUUUUGGUUUUAGGUUUCUUUUUCCAGAUUUGAGUAAUGAGUGGCAAGUGCGGCGUUACAUUUGCUAAAUUAUUUGGACUAUAAAGGCCGCCAACAGCGCCGCACUUGUUAUCAAACAGCAGCCAACGCUCCACGCACCAACAGCCCUCGCCUUGCAGUCCAAAUCCAGCUCAUAAAAUGGCAUUCAAGUUUGUGGCCCUCCUCGCUCUGAUCGCCGCCGCCAGUGCCGGUGUCCUGCCCGCCGCCCAGGUGUACCACCAUGCUGCUCCGGUGGUGGCCACCUAUGCGGCACCAGUUCCCGUCGCCGCCACCGGCGCCAUCCUGAAGACCGUGGCCCAGCCGGUGCUGGCCAAGGCCGAUGAGGAGUACGACCCGCAUCCGCAGUACAAGUACGCCUACGAUGUGCAGGACGCCCUCUCCGGCGACUCCAAGAGCCAGGUGGAGGAGCGAGACGGCGACGUGGUCCGCGGCGAGUACUCCCUGGUGGAUGCCGAUGGCUUCAAGCGCACGGUGCAGUACACCGCCGAUCCCAUCAACGGGUUCAAUGCCGUGGUCAACCGGGAACCGCUGGUGAGGACCGUGGUCAAGACCGUGGCUCCAGUGGCUCCCGUCUACGCCGCCUAUCACCACUAAGCCAGGACAUAACCACUUCAAUGCCAUUUUUGUUGACUUAGUUGUAGGGUUCUUAACUGCAAAUAUAUAUGUGACUUUUUGUUUGAAAACUUAACGAUAUGAUCGGAUUUCACCUACUUCUGUAGCUGUUUAAAUAGAAGUUCUAUGUUUUAUAUGUUAUAUAUGUUAUAUGUAUCCAGUUCCAGCAUUUGCAGCACUCGUGGAGUGCGGAGUAAAUCAAAGGCACACCCAUAUCCUUAUGUACAUGUGGCAUCCUCUGGGCUCCGCAUUACUUUUUACUUUCCAUGCCGUUGCGAUGCCGUUUGCCUUUGUUAUUAAAUUGCCAGCCACAUUGCGCACACUGGGGAGUAUUUAUUAAGUCAUAAUCUCCCAUAUGUGGGCUAUAUAUAUUCUGCGAUGGGUGGCAGUGGGUGUGGCAGUGGGCGUGGCAGUGGGUGUAAUUGUGGCAACAACACACACGCGCAUAGAUGUAAACGCCGUGCAGUUUGCACCAGAGAACUGCAGCCAGCCACCUGAACUCUAAGUGCACCCACUAAACACCGGGUGUCUCAGCACUCUAUUUGGGGCAAAAACAAACACCCGGGUGUUUACUAUUAAAUAAUAUUUAUGUUUAAUUAACACUAUUCCAUU